GAAUUUAGUCCAGGCAUCUCAAGUUCUGAAAUGGAGGGCGGCUAUGAUCAAAUUAACUUCCAUCAAUAGAUAUCACUAUAUGGAGAGGCAUCAAGUUAUUAUGCUUGCCAAGGAUAUCUUCAAAGAUGUUUGCUUCCUGCUCAGUUCUGAAACUAACGGAAUCAAGCAUCCUUUCGAGGUUAUAUUGUCUCUGGUGCAUUGUUCUCAAUCUUUAGCCCCACAUAUUGUUGGACUUUGGGGUAUGGCUGGCAUAGGGAAGACUAUCAUCUCUAGAGACAUUUUCAGAACACAAGCUGGGAAAUAUGACGUGUGCUACUUUAUGCCAGACUUUGAUAAAAUGUGUCAAACAAAAGGGCUUAGUCAUUUGCGUGAUGAAUUCUUCUCGAAAAUCUUUGGGGAAGAAAAAGUUUUCACAGACGUAUGUGAUACAAAAUUAAGUUUCACAAGGGAUAGGCUCCUUGAUAAAAGGGUUCUCAUUGUUCUUGAUGGUGUGAGUAAUGCUAGAGAUGCAGAAUUUUUGUUUGGGGGGUUUGGUUGGUUUUCUGGCGGACAUACAAUCAUUUUAACAUCUAGGAAUAGGCAAGUUCUUGUACAGUGUAACGCCAAAGAGCUUUACCAAAUCCCAAAACUAUCCGAGUUUGAAUCUCUUUGCGUUUGCUGCUAUUUUUCCACUAAAGAAAAUUGGAGUAGAAGUAUGUCAUCGAUCUCGGAGCUGGUGAACUACGCUAGUGGCAUUCCAUUGGCUCUGGGAGUCUUAGGUUCGUCUGUACUAAAUCAUUGUGCUAAUGAUGAGGAAGAACAUCUGAGAAGAUUGCGCCAACAUCCUCCAGUCGAGAUUCAGGAUGCAUUUAGAAGAAGUUUUAGUGGACUAGAUGACAACGAGAAGAACAUCUUUUUGGACCUUGCAUGUUUUUUUAGAGGGGAGGAUAAAGAUCAUGUGGUAAACAUCCUUGAUGGUUGCGGUUUUCUUACGGAUUUAGGAAUCUAUGGUCUCAUUGAUGAGUCUCUCAUCAGCCUUGUUGAUAACAGGAUAGAUAUGCCUAACAUUUUUCAAGACACGGGUCGAUUUGUUGUUUGUCAAGAAAACUUUGAGGCAGGCAAGCGUAGCAGAUUGUGGAAUCCCAAUGACAUUGUUGACGUGCUGACAAACAAUUCAGGGAAAGAAGAAAUUGAAGGCAUAUUUUUGGAUGCGUCUGACUUAGCAUUUGAGUUGAGUCCUACUGUAUUUGAGAGGAUGUAUCGACUUAGAUUGUUCAAACUCCACUGUCCAACUUCUGACCAUUGCAAGGUUUGUAUACCUCAAGGUCUUAACUCUUUCCCUGAUGAGCUACGGCUACUCCACUGGGAAAAAUAUCCUCUUGGAUCCUUACCUCGGAACUUCAAUCCUGAAAACCUUGUAGAACUGAACAUGUCAUAUAGCAACUUGACUAAACUAUGGAAAGGAACAAAGAAUCUCGAGAAGCUAAAGAGGAUCAUUCUAAGUCACUCCCAGCAGUUGACUAAAUUCCCAAGGCUUUCAAAGGCGACGAACCUUGAGCAUAUUGAUCUUGAAGGAUGUACGAGUCUGGUUAAAGUUAACUCAUCUAUUCUUCAUCAUCACAAGCUUACUUUCUUGAGUCUGAAAGAUUGUUCUCAUUUGCGGAUUAUGCCUGCCACUGUUCAUCUAGAAUCUCUUGAAGUUCUUAAUCUAUCUGGCUGCUCAGAUCUUGAGGAGCUUCAUGAUUUCUCACCAAACCUGAAAGAGCUAUAUCUAGCCGGGACUGCCAUUAGAGAGAUGCCAUCAUCAAUCGAGGAACUCACUAGACUUGUUACAUUAGAUCUGGAGAAUUGUAAAAGACUUCAGCACCUGCCAUCGAGUAUAAGUAACCUGAAAGCUACUGUUACACUUGGCACAAAACGUCCUGCCUCUUCCAUGGAUACAAGGGAUCUAUCUAGCUUGGAGGAUAUAACGUCACCAUAUAAGAGAUGCCGAUUGAAGAGAGUUAUUGAGUCUGUUAUUUUAAGGCUAAGAAAAAGGAAAGGAGCGAAGAGGGUCUCUAGAGCCACAAGCCUUUCUGAGGUUCAGCAUAGCUCAGCUUCUACCUUGGUAAAUGAUUCCUCUUUCAGAUCUUCUUGGGGAUAUCAUGUUUUACCAGAAAGACCUAGCCAACCCGAAUGCCAAGAUUACAUGAAGACAGGCGACUGCAAAUUUGGCCAUGUUUGUAAAUUUCAUCAUCCGAGGAACAAAGAAACUCAUGUCCUUGAGAAUACAUCUUCCGUGGCUUCCAAAACAUCGGAAAUGGAUCGGCUAGGAUUAUCUCUUUCACUUGGAUCUUCUUCAACAAGUGAGAAAUUUAGAAUACACAAGAAUACAUCUUCCAUGGUUUCUGAGACACCAACACAGUCGAAUACUCUUAGACUUUUGUCUUUACUUGGGACUUCACCAUGUGUGUCUGACACAACACAAGCAACCGUUGGUAGGAACACCAAAGAUUCAAAGCAACAGGGAGAAGAAAAAUCAGAUAUAUAUGAUUGGUGAUGAAGAAUCAAGAAACACGUCAAGCAUCAUUUCUAUUGUUUCUGUUUGGUGGUAAAAGAAUCGGUAAACUUUGUUUAAGCUGAUAUUUUGGAAGCAACUUGAAAACUAUCUGAUUCAUUGCAGUGGAAAAAGAUAUAUGCAAAAAAAGCGCUGGAUCAUUUUUA